GACUUUCAAAACUUCCUUAGUUAGAUGAGAUAGAAGAGAAUCAGAGUGCUUUGAGAAACCUUGUGCAUAUAUAAAGCGAUGUUGAUUCCUUCCGUAUAGCGUACAGAUAACCGAUGAGAGGAUUUGGAUGAAACUGCAGCCGUUUACAGGCUUUUACGAUUCGGUUUCUUUACGGUUUCCCCCGCUCGUUUGUUCAAAGUGAAGGAUAUUUGAUCGCCCGUCGCCGUCAUGGCCAACGUCGAACCAGAGCUUGCCGAAAUUGGCACCAUUGUUACGUCUUUAAAGGAAGGCACGACCAUGACAAGAUUUUAUUCGAACAGACGGCCCGAAACGAGGAUAUUUCUCCUAAAAUUGGACGAAUUUCAAAUUGGUUGGUGGCGAAAUGCAGGCAGAGAGGAAGGCACUGUUGAUAUUCGGGAAAUAAAAGAAGUCCGUCGGGGUAUAAGCAGCAAAGAUUUCGAUAAAAGUCCAGACUACUCGAAGAAACUUGACCCUAAUAGUUGUCUGGUGAUAUUUUAUGGAAUGGAAUUCAAACUUAAGACUUUAAGUUGUGUGGCCCAAAACAACAAGGAAAGAGAGUAUUGGGUAAAAGGUCUGAUUUAUUUGAUGUACGAAAAUCCCUAUGUUGCUCAACCAAGUUUAAUUUACAGAUGGAUAAUAAAGGAAUGGAACGGUUUAACACCAGGAAAUCGUAAAGAAAUAACCAUGAAAGAAGUGAAGCAGUUCUUACAAAAAGCAAAUAUCAAAAUGAAUAACAAUCGUGUCAGGGAAUUGUUUCAGGAUGUUGAUUCAAAGAAAACUGGCCAUAUAAAUUUUGAUGGAUUCCGCUAUCUAUAUGACCUGCUAAUGAGCCAACAUGAGAUUGCUCAAAAUUUUUACAGCUUUAGAAAUCAGAGGAACCAAAUACACUUGGAGGAGUUUCAGAAAUUCCUUCUGGAAGAACAAAAGGAGACAAUAGCUCAGGACAUUAACAAAGUCAAAGAAUACAUGGCGAAAUGUUUGGGAGUAGAACGGCCCCCCGAUAAGCCAUAUUUUACCAUGUCUGAGUUCGUAGAUUACUUGUUUUCGCGGAGUAACUGUGUUUUAAAUGGAGCUAGUCUCGAAGUGUACCAGGACAUGACGAAACCGUUGGGUCACUACUGGAUUGCUUCCUCACAUAAUACAUACCUGACUGGUGAUCAGUUUUCAAGCGAAUCCUCUGUCGAAGCUUACGUGAGGUGCCUUAGAAUGGGUUGCAGAUGUAUUGAAUUGGAUUGCUGGGAUGGUCCUGAUAAUCAGCCUGUUAUAUACCAUGGAUUCACACUUACAUCAAAAAUCAAGUUUGUCGACGUAGUCAAGGCUAUAAGAGAUAAUGCCUUUGUUGCGUCCGAUUAUCCUCUUGUUCUGUCAAUUGAGAAUCACUGCAGUUUGGCGCAGCAAAAAAUCAUGGCAACAACAUUUAUGGAUGUUUUCGGAGAACAACUCCUGAAUUUUCCACUGGACCCAAGUGAAGAAUGCUUGCCCUCACCAGAACAGUUAAAGCAUAAAAUUCUCAUAAAGCACAAAAAACUUCCAAGUGACGCCAACGACGUGGACCAUAUCCAUAACGUGGAAAAGGAUUUCACUUUUAUGGAAGACGAACUGAGCAAUUCGACAAAAAAUGGGAUUCUUUAUCUAGAAGAUGAGAUGGACAAGGUUUGGAACCGACAUUUCUUUGUGUUGUUUAAAAACCGUUUGUUCUGGACGGGAGAGACGAAGGCAGAUGAAGAUGAUGAACAGGAUCAGGAUCCAAGCUGGGAUGGACCACUUUCAUCUGAGUCGUCGCGAGAUGAGCUACAUUACGGUGAACGAUGGUUUCAUCAGAGAAUCGAUAGAGGAGCUGCGGCAGAGUUACUACGACAAUACAACAAAGGAAACGGUUCGUUUCUCGUCCGGGAAUCGCAAGCAUUUGUGGGGGAUUUUAGUAUAACCUUCUGGCGAAAUGGCGAGGUCCAGCAUUGUCGAAUCAAAUCGAAGCAAGAAAAUGGCCAAGCAAAAUACUACCUCGUCGAACAAGUUUCAUUUGACAGUCUAUUCAAUCUCGUGAAUUAUUAUCAAGCAAAGCCUCUGAGAACACCGCAGUUCGAGAUUACCUUGACCGAACCUAUCCCCCAGCCAAACGCACAUUUGGAGAAAGAGUGGUUUCACGCUAAUUUACAACGACCCGAAGCUGAAAAUAUGUUGAAAAGAGCGCCCAACGACGGGUCGUUUCUUGUGAGGAAGAAAAAUGAUUCUGAAUAUGCUAUUUCGUUCAGAGCUGAGGGUAAAAUUAAACAUUGUAAGAUACUCCGCGACGGAAGACUCUACACCAUCGGCACGGCGCAGUUUGAAAGCUUAGUUGAACUUGUUGAAUUCUACGAAAAACACCCUUUGUACAGAAAAAUGAAAUUAAAACAUCCAAUUAAUGAAGAAAUACUACGGAGGAUUGGAAUAAUGCCUGAUCAUGGCUCCGUAGACGAUUCAGAAUUGUAUCUUGAUCCACGAUUUAACACCAAGCCAGUAUGUCGCGCCUUGUGGGACUAUCAGGCGCAGAGUACGGAUGAAAUGAGCUUUUGUAAAGGAGCUUUCAUAACAAAUGUAAUUAAAGAAGAUGGCGGUUGGUGGCGCGGGGACUUUGGCGACUACAAAGGAGCGUGGUUUCCUGCCAAUUUCUGUGAAGAAAUUAAUGUGAUGAUUGAGCCGGAACAGCAAUCUGGCGAGGAUCAAGAGGCUAACAGGGUGUUGGGGGACUUGCAGAAAGGCUCCAUGGAUAUUAGGGGAUGUGCCAUAGAAAUUCUACCUCCCCGUGGCGGUCAACAGUUUAUAUUUUCAAUACAGUCAAGUAACCAACCACCAUUGGAAGUUGCUGCCGAGACUGUUGAGGAUAUGACCUCGUGGAUUCAUUGUAUCAAAGACGCGAUGAGUUUGGCCAAUGAACGAGAAGAAAGAGUUAGAUCAGCUAUCCGAGAAAACAAAAUUGACAAAUCGUUGUCAGAUUUGGUUAUUUAUUGUCAAACAGUUCCGUUUGAUCUCGAAAUGAAAGGAAAACAUUGUGAAAUGUCCUCUUUUCCUGAAACAAAAGUCGAAAAAUUUACAGGUGUAAAGAACGCCGCGAAAUUUGUACAGAAAAAUAUGCAUCAGUUUAGCCGUGUGUACCCGAAAGGGACUCGGGUAGACUCGUCGAAUUAUGACCCAACGCCCAUAUGGAAUUCUGGGGUUCAUAUGUGUGCCCUUAACUACCAAACACCAGACCGUUCGAUGCAAAUCAAUCAUGGAAAAUUUCUGGAUAAUGGCUGUUGUGGUUAUGUGUUGAAACCGGACUGUGCGAGAAUGGGUGAAUUUGAUCCUUACAAUAAAGACGUCCUAAUUGAUAUUACUCCGUGGAUUAUAAAUUUGACGUUCAUCGGAGCCCGACAUCUGCCGAAGAUCGGCCGAGGAAUUAGUUCUCCCUUUGUUGAAGUUGAAGUCAUUGGCGCUGAUUAUGAUAAUUAUAAAUACAAAACAGGAACUAGAUCUGACAACGGUUUGAAUCCAGUGUGGAGUGACUCUAUAGAACUAGCAGUUUUCUGUCCGCCAAUGGCUUAUAUUAGAUUUGCAGUCUACGAUGAGGAUAUGUUUGGUGAUCCGAAUUUCAUUGCUCAGGCUGUCUAUCCACUUUGCAGUUUAAAACAAGGUUACAGGUCUGUGCCACUGAAGAAUGCCUACAGCGAAGAAUACGAACAAAGUUCGUUAUUAAUUCACUUGGAUAUCAGCACUGCAAAGGGUGAUGAAGAAAAUCUGUACGCGUCAAUCCACGAACUGCGUGACAGGAUUGAGAAGAUCUCCACGCUGAUCCAGGAAGAAGCCGCUGAGAUCACGCGGGCGAGCGGCGAUGGUCUUGGGCUGCCUAUGGCGGAUAGAAUUACCAAUAUGCAGAAACUGGACGCCCAGUUCAGAGAAAAACAAGAGGAAUUACAGUUGCUGAUUCAAGAGCGUGGAUCGAGACAUAACGCCGCCCGGAACAAAAGCCAACAAUCAACAUCCACAGACGUGUGAAACACGUGUCUUACAAACCCCACCCUUUCGCCAAACACAGCAUGCAAUCACAACUGGUCAUUGCUACAAGCGUAAUGCGCACAGUCUGGGGCAGGUUUUAACGAAAGCUGCGCAUGUUUUUUAAACCAAUUUGUCGUAUCUUCAUUUUCCAAUAUUUUCUUUAUUUAUCUUGUAAUCAGAUUUUAUACGAAGCUCACUUAAUUCUACGUCUAAUUUUUUUAUUGUGAAAUUUCUCAGAAAUGAUUUAGGCUUUCGUAGAACCAGCCCCUAAUCAAAGCGUAAUCAAUUUUGAUUAAUGGAAUUUCUUUUUCUUCAGGACUUGUUUAAAUUCUUAUCUGACAUGACGAAUUGUCUUGUCAUAAGUCAUACGGUAUGAUUGAAGUAUCAAAUAUCUUGUAGAAAAAUAUGAAUAAAU